CCAACCCCCUGCAGAAGAACGAGAUGGGCCACACGCCGCUGGAUUACGCCCGCGAGGGGGAGGUGAUGAACCUCCUGAAGGCAUCGGAGGCAAAGUUCCAAGAGGAGCAGCGUCGCCGGGAGGUGGAGGAGCGCCGCAGGUUCCCCCUGGAGCAGAGGCUGAAGGAGCACAUCAUCGGCCAGGAGAGUGCCAUAGCCACGGUGGGGGCAGCUAUUCGGAGGAAGGAGAACGGCUGGUACGACGAGGAGCACCCGCUGGUCUUCCUGUUCUUGGGAUCAUCUGGGAUAGGAGCACAGGCCGAGCAGAGCCCUGCUGUCCCACACGGAUUCCUCGUGGCCGGGAGCUGUGGCUGCUCACAAACCCCGUCUCCUCCUGCUCACGCGGGCUCUGAUGGCUUUGCGACAGCAUCGUUGUGUUGAUGCUGAUAAUAUUUCUCCUCGAGCGGCGUGAAGCUGAUUGGCUCAUGAAACGGGCAGAACGGGUUUUAGCUGGGGGGGUGAAGGGGGAGAAGGAAAGGAAUUAGAAAUCAUGAGAUCUCAAGUAACCAAACGGUGGCAUUCAAAGCAACACCAGUGCUUCGCCUCCCUGGGCAAGGGCAGGGGAUAAGAUGUGAACGAAUACUGAGUCAAGAUAUGAAUGGAUAUUGGAAUAAAGUAUGAAUGGAUGUUGAGAUGAGAUGUGAAUGGAUGUUGGAAUAAAGUAUGAAUGGAUAUUGAAAUGAGAUGUGAGUGGAUAUUGAAAUGAGAUGUGAAUGGAUGUUGAAAUGAGAUGUGA